GGUUUAGGGCCGUCGUGUCUCGCUACUUGGGCCAAGGGAGGAGUAACAGGAGCUCUUUUCGUGGUCGGCUUGUUGUCUGAGCUCCUUCCGCUGCUUCACCGCUCCACGCAUUGAGCGCUUGACUCUCUUCCGCAAUGGCGAAGAUCAAAGUUCACGAGCUCCGCGCCAAGAGCAAGAAUGAACUCCUUAAUCAGUUGAAGGAGUUGAAAGCCGAGCUCGCUGCCUUGAGAGUUGCUAAAGUGACCGGGGGUGCGCCGAACAAGUUGUCUAAGAUCAAGGUGGUUAGGCUUUCAAUAGCCCAGGUGUUGACUGUCAUUUCUCAGACACAGAAGGCAAGUCUUCGAGAAGCCUACAGCAAGAAGAAGUUCCUUCCCAUUGACUUGCGUCCGAAGAAGACUCGCGCUAUUCGCAGGAGGUUGACCAAGCACCAGGCUUCCAUGAAGACCGAGAGGCAGGAGAAGAAGGAGGCUUACUUCCCCAUGAGGAAGUUCGCAGUUAAGGCUUAGAAAUCUGUGCUUGGUGCAUCGAUCGCUUGUUGGAGCAUCUUUUUUAUUGUUUUGAAUGCAACGUGGGAAAUUCUGUUUUUAGUCUCAAA